GCCCUCAGCCCGCCCUAGGAGCUCGAGGGACUCGGACGUCCCCCGCAGGAACAUGCACUUCAGGAGCGGUCCACCUCUUCUGCUGCUUCUGCUACCUCUUUGUCUGCUGGGGAGCGUGGUGGAGGUGAAAGCGCAGGACUGGGGGUACCUGCAGGAGGCCCUCAAGGCCUUGGAUCUUCCCCCGGGGACGGACGACGGACCUCAGCUCCAGAGGAACAAAACCGGGGUCCUGAUCUCCACGCUUCUUCAGGCGGUGCACUGUGCAGAGCAAACAGGGACCUCUCAAGACAAUUGCGACGAGUGCCUGACACCGGACACAGCCCUCUCUGUGCUAGAGGAUGAUGGGAAAUCUUACCUCACUGAGGACGACUACCAGCGGAUCUCAACUGUUCUGCUGUACUACAUCAUUAACUUGCGCGAUCUGUGUGUGUCAGAUGCUGCCUCCUCUUCCUCCUCUUCAUCCCUUUCCUCCCUUUCCUCCCUUUCCUCUCUUUCCUCCUCCUCAUCUGGGAACUAUCAGUUCUACCUCCUGGCCCUCACCAAUCUACAUCCAUCUGAGGAUGACCAGUUCCUGUCACUCAGUGAAACCCAGAGUAUUCUGCAGGUCAUCACCCAGCACUACCACCCCUCCAACCUCCAAGAAACCUCCUGUAAUGUGCAAUGCAUCGAUGCCGCUCAUCUACUCGAAGAUGUUGACGUCAAAGAAUAUCCAGGUGCUGGCGAGUCCUCUGUGCCCAGAGUGGCUGCAGCCAUUAUCAGCCACAUCCUGCAGGGCCACUGUUUCAGACGGACGAAUCUACCGUCACCUGCCUUCUUCACCGACUACAUCUUUCAAUCCCUGAAUUGCACAACUAACCUGCAGAUCACAGGCUUGGAGGAGCUGCUUCAUCAGCUGGGAGUAGGCCGGGAAGGAGCAUCUCUCUCUCACGACAGGAAGAGGCGGAGCAUCACAGGCUGUAACCAUGAAACUGGAGCAAAAAACAGAGACUGGGCUGAGGUAUGUUUUUCAACUAAUCAGCUGGUGGAUAUUUUUGCCCUGGAUCCUCAUUCACCCAUUUCCAAGGAGCACUUCAGACAGAUUUGCCCGGCCAUUAUUCAGCAGUUGCUAAGCAACGCCUGCGAGUCUGCAGAGCCAAAAACAAGAGGAUCACUGCCCACUGCUCUGGAGAAGUAUGGCUACAGCACGGCUGCCGUCCUGCUGAUCACUGUGGGCUCCAUGUUCGGCAUCUGCCUGAUCUUCUUCAACUCUUGCCAGGAGACGUACACGCUCAUCCUGCAGCUGUUUGUGGGCCUGGCGGUGGGAACCCUGUCAGGAGACGCUCUCCUGCACCUCAUUCCACAGAUUCUGGGCCUCCAUGGCCACACUCAUGUCAGUGAUGACGAGCAACACACUGAAGGGAAGGAGUAUCUGUGGAAGAUUCUUGGCAUGAUCGCUGGGAUUUAUGGCUUUUUCCUUAUUGAAAGAAUGUUCUCCUUUAUAUUUCCUUCUCAUGGCCACGGUCAUUCCAGUGACAUCCCCCUGGAGCUCAACUGUAAUGGUCGGUCACAGAGAGGCAAGUCCAUCUCCACCAUACAGCUGGGACCGGUGGAUGACUUGGAGUGUACAGAAAUAUCUCCUGAACAUGCAGACACGAGGAGGCCUUCACAUCAGAGACAGGGGGUUCCCCUGCUGGCCGUGAUGGUAAUUGUGGGAGACAGCCUCCAUAAUUUUGCCGAUGGCCUGGUCAUCGGGGCGGCCUUCUCCUUUUCAGCAGAGACUGGAAUGGCGACCACCGUGGCCAUCCUGUGCCACGAGAUCCCGCAUGAGAUGGGGGAUUUUGCGGUGUUGCUCAGCUCUGGACUCUCGGUGAAGAAGGCCAUGCUGAUGAACCUCCUCAGCGCUCUGACGGCCUUCAUGGGCCUCUUCAUUGGACUCUUUGUUUCUACAGAGGCAGACGUGCAGCAGUGGAUCUUCGCCGUCACUGCAGGGAUUUUCCUCUACUUGUCACUGGUAGAAAUGCUUCCAGAGAUGAGUCGGGUGAAGACCAACAAACCGUGUCUCCUGUUUUUCCUGCAGAACCUGGGUCUGUUGAUGGGUUGGUCCUGUCUCCUGCUCCUUGCGCUCUUUGAACAUGAACUCAAAUUCUAAAGUGCACACCUGACCUACAGUGUCUCUUCAUGCAGGGUCUGAACCGAAAUAACUGCUGACCUGAUUUCUAGUGUUUUUGAAUUCUUUUUUUUUUUAAAUAAGUUGAUUAUUAUCUGUUGCUGUGCACAAACAACUGUCUGUGCAAGUGUUAGUUUGUGGUUAUUAUUGGUGAGUAUUUCAUGUCGUCAUAAUCUCAGCUGGAGGCUGCAGUAAACAUUUCUUUUUAUACAUGAUGAUUUAUUUUUGUUAAGUGUCAUGGGGGCCUGUAUCUGACUAUAGCUCAAACACUUUAUGUGGGAGCAUCAAGCGCAAUUGUGCGUAUCUGUUACGGUCUUGUGGGGAAUUUGUUGAUUUUGUACGAUGUUUUAUUUUAUAUAGUGAUUCAUUAACACUUUAUUCGUCAUUUCUGCAACAUUUCUGAAUAUUUUCCAGUGAAAUCUUUUACAAAUUCUAAGAAAAUUCAAGGCAGUUUUCAGUCAGUACAGUUCCAAUUAAUUGAUUUUACUUUAAGAGAUAAUCCAAUUAUUUAGAUUUGUCCUUCAACACAAUUGGACUACUCACAAAAGAAACAGUAGUGCUUUCCAGGAAACUUUAUAAAGCAUCAGAGGAAUUCUUAGAAAGUUGCAGACCCAUAAUAAAGCAUUAUCUCACUUUAAACAACCUAUAAAUAUACUUUGGCUUAAUGAGAACGUUAGGUGCAGAAAAGGACUCGUUCCUCUUUGUAAGGCUUACGCUGCUUCAAAAUACUUUGUUUCUCUGAAGAGCUGUUUUCAGAAGCAUCGCUCCGGUUCAGCGUCUCAUCUCGGAGGCAUCGCUCUUUGUUUUUGAGGCCUCUCUGCUGCGAUCCAGCAUGAGGCCACUUCCACCCACCUGAGCCAUUUGUUCUCUCCAUCCACCAACCUGGAUGACUAACGCUCGCUCCAGAAGACAGCAAAGCUCUGGAGCGAUGCGGCCCACACAGCACACGCACGCACGCUCUUCACCGGCCAGAGUGGGCCUGCAGAAGGAGGUGGCUGAAGAAGAGAAUGCGAUGAAUACAUCACUGUAAUGAAAUAAAUGAAACGCAGUAAAUCAACUUAUUUGUACAUAAAAUUGGAUUUGUGAUAUCGAGCAAAUGAGUGAGCUAAGCGGAUUUUUACAUCGGCUUGUUGUGACUAAAUUCUGCUGCUCUCUUGAGUAAAUAGCCUUAUUUGUGCCGAGGAUUAAUUUCAUUGCAGAAUGUGCACAGUGAUUAUGUGAAUUUUCCAUCCUAAGCUUGCUAACAAAGUGCAAAGUCAGUUACAUUGACGGAGUCGUGACACUAUUCCACUGUCACAUCAGAAAGAGCUGACGCCAUUCGUUGCGACUUCCCGAGAAAUGCUAAGACAAUAGCAGGAAGUCCCGAGCAUUUUCUCUUAUUCUAGCAACUCUGCUGUUGUCCCCUGUGGCAUAUCCAGGAAAGCUUCAGACCUGAUGGCUUGUUUUCUGUGUAAAUCUGCUUGUUUGCGCUAAAGAGGCAUUUUCUGGCAUGUGUGCAUCUUUUCGAGGCAGCUGCUGCCAGGAUGGAGGAAGGAAGAGCUCGUUAUCUGGGGCAUGUUGGUGUGAACAUGGAGUAUCCUCACUUGCUCAGCAGAGACCUGUCGGGGGAGGGGGCUGCUGCAGGGUCAUCAGGGCAGCAGAACACACAGAAAGACACAAAACAAGAAAUAUAAAUGUCUCCCUUUGAUUUGAGAAGGUUUUCACUGAAUACGAUCCACUGCACCUGUUAUUGUCGUCACAAUACCACACGGGAUCUUAAGUUACUGGUUAGACAUUUUUGUGCAUGGUCACAGGACGUGUGACGUCAAAGACACAGAAUUAAGUAAAAAAUAAAGGAUGAAUACGGUGAUUUUUAAUUUCACAAUAGUUUCUUAAUUAUUUGAAACCUGAACUCAGCCUGGAUUUAGUCUCUACUUUAAAGUACUUCAUUAUUUAGCAGUGCACCAACUUUUUUUUAGCUAAAACAACACAUACUGGGCUAUUCUGACUUCUAGCUCUACAGUUUCCUUCAUUUCCCACAAUGCAACUCAAUAUUAGUAGUUGGUUAAACCAUCUACAAUCUCACAUCUUUCAAUCUCCACACAGUUUGUGUUUUAAUGAAGUUUGUAGCAACCAGUCCUAAGUUGAAUAAGUGUCAUCAAUCAUCAGAUUUGAUUUUUCAGACUUUGGAGAGCUUCCUCCAGGACCAACAGUUCAUCAGACAGAUGUUUCCAGAGGCUGAAGAGAAGUAACCAUGACUGAUCAAGAUGUGUUGAGGGAAAACAGUGGUUUCCCCUUUAAAUGACCACAGCACAUGAAACCACUAGAGGGUGAUAGCAGACAACACAACUUCAGAGACACAGUGACUAUGGUGUAAAACUUGUCUCAGCUCAGCUGCAGCUUGUCUGGUCUGUGCAUCACAGCUGUAAAACUGACUGAAUGACAGACAGACUCACUUUAAUCAAGUUGCUAAGACAGAAAACUUUUA